UCUGGGGCCAAGAGCGCAGCUCAGGCCGCGGCCCAGACCAAUUCCAACGCGGCGGGCAAACAGCUGCGUAAAGAGUCCCAGAAAGACCGCAAGAACCCGCUGCCUCCCAGCGUUGGCGUGGUUGACAAGAAAGAGGAGACGCAGCCGCCCGUGGCGCUUAAGAAAGAAGGAAUAAGACGCGUUGGAAGAAGACCUGAUCAACAGCUUCAGGGUGAAGGAAAAAUAAUUGAUAGAAGACCAGAAAGGCGACCACCUCGUGAACGAAGAUUCGAAAAGCCGCUUGAAGAAAAGGGUGAAGGAGGCGAAUUUUCAGUUGAUAGACCGAUUAUUGACCGGCCUAUCCGAGGCCGCGGUGGUCUUGGAAGAGGUCGAGGAGGCCGUGGACGUGGAAUGGGCCGAGGAGAUGGAUUUGAUUCUCGUGGCAAACGUGAAUUUGAUAGGCAUAGUGGAAGUGAUAGAUCUGGCCUGAAGCAUGAGGACAAACGUGGUGGUAGCGGAUCUCACAACUGGGGAACUGUCAAAGAUGAAUUAACAGAGUCCCCCAAAUACAUUCAGAAACAAAUAUCUUAUAAUUGCAGUGACUUGGAUCAAUCAAAUGUGACUGAGGAAACACCUGAAGGUGAAGAACAUCCAGUGGCAGACACUGAAAAUAAGGAGAACGAAGUUGAAGAGGUAAAGGAAGAGGGUCCAAAAGAGAUGACUUUGGAUGAGUGGAAGGCUAUUCAAAAUAAGGACCGGGCAAAAGUAGAAUUUAAUAUCCGAAAACCAAAUGAAGGUGCUGAUGGGCAGUGGAAGAAGGGAUUUGUUCUUCAUAAAUCAAAGAGUGAAGAGGCUCAUGCUGAAGAUUCGGUUAUGGACCAUCAUUUCCGGAAGCCAGCAAAUGAUAUAACGUCUCAGUUGGAGAUCAAUUUUGGAGACCUUGGCCGCCCAGGACGUGGUGGCAGGGGAGGACGAGGUGGACGUGGACGUGGUGGACGUCCAAACCGUGGCAGCAGGACUGAUAAGUCAAGUGCGUCUGCUCCUGAUGUUGAUGACCCAGAGGCGUUCCCAGCUCUGGCUUAACUGGAUGCCAUAAGACAACCCUGGUUCCUUUGUGGACCCUCCUGUUCAAAGCUUUUGCAUGCUUAAGGAUCCCAAACAACUAAGAAAUUUAAAAAAAAAAAAAAAAAGACUGUCAUUCAUACCAUUCACACCUAAAGACUGAAUUUUAUCUGUUUUGAAAAUGAACUUCUCUCGCUACACAGAAGUAACAAAUAUGGUAGUCAGUUUUGUAUUUAGAAAUGUAUCGGUAGCAGGGAUGUUUUCAUAAUUUUCAGAGAUUAUGCGUUCUUCAUGAAUACUUUUGUAUUGCUGCUUGCAAAUAUGCAUUUCCAAACUUGAAAUAUAGGUGUGAACAGUGUGUACCAGUUUAAAGCUUUCACUUCAUUUGUGUUUUUUAAUUAAGGAUUUAGAUGUUCCCCCAAUUACAAACUGGUUUUAAAUAUUGGACAUAAUAUCGGUUUUAAUACUUGCUUUGCAUUUUCACACAUGUUCAACCUGGGACAUGUAAACUUUGAUUUGUUGAAUUUUAUGCUGCGUGGAAUACUAACUACUUUAUGUAUUUUAACUUAGUUUUAAUAUUUUCAUUUUUGGGGAAAAGUCUUUUUUCACUUCUCAUGAUAGCUGUUAUAUAUGCUAAAUCUUUAUAUUCAGAAAUAUCAGUACUUGAACAAA